AUGGUGGUUUCUGCCUGGGAAAUGGAGACUGAUGUGCAGAUUCUUAGACCGGAGUGGCUAGGCAGCUCGCCUGUGAGUCCAGGUCCCAGAAGGCCCAGACAGGAAGCAGGAAGCAAGCCGCGGGAGCUGCAUCAGAGAGUCCUGGCUUCGGUUAAGAGACGUUGCCUCUUUUCGAGUCUUGGCUCCAAUACGACCAAAAAAAAAAAGAGUAACAACGGUCGUGCCAAAAGGGGCCACGGCCAUGUUCAGCCAAUUCGCUGCACGAAUUGCGCCCGGUGCGUGCCCAAGGAUAAGGCCAUUAAGAAGUUUGUCAUUCGGAACAUUUUAGAAGCCGCUGCAGUCAGGGGCAUAUCUGAAGCAAACGUCUUCGACGCAUACGUGCCUCCCAAGCUGUAUGUCAAGCUGCACUACUGCGUGAGCUGUGCCAUUCAUAGCAAGGUAGUCGGGAAUCGAUCUUGUGAGGCCCGGAAGGACCAAACACCCCCACCACGAUUCAGACCUUCUGGCGCUGCACCCCAACCUCUACCAAAGCCCGUGUAA